AUGCAUCUCACCAAGGCCCUUUCCGUCGCCUUCCUCGCGACCCUCGCAGUCUCUGCGCCUGUUCAGGUCCGGACCCUGGACGGACAGGUCGAGGUCCGCAGCGCCCAGACUCCCAAGGCAGGCGAAUCUGUCUAUGAUUUCGAGGGCUCAGUCGUGGAAACUACUUCUGGUCCCAAUGGCUCGCGUGACUGGCUCCUUAGGAAAAAUGUCGAGGCUCGGGAUGCUCAGAGUUUCGCGAAAGGCAGCUAUGCGUAUCGCAAAAAAGCUGGCGCUGGACUGGACGGCCGCUCUGCGCAGAACUCCAGUACGGGCCCGGGGAAUACCGAGCCGAUCGGGAAUGAAGACUCGAAUUCGAACGGUAACGGCGGUGGUUCCUCGGAGCCUAUUGGGCAUGGGAAAUGA